AGAGAGCGUGCAGGGGAGGGAGGAGGAACUAAAAGAAAAAAGUUACAACUAAAAAUGGCUUCCUUGUCUUUGGAGUCUGCAGAACAAUCUGAGAAUAGCACGGAGGAGUCUACCCAAGAGGCCGCCCUGGUAAAAGAGGAGACGGAUCCGGAUGAAGUCUCAGAACAAUUGCUAAAAACUUUCCAGAACUCGGCGCUCAGCUUUUCGACAGAUCAAGUAGCAUGUCUGUGCGAAGCCCUUCUACAGGCGGGUAAUGUGGAUCGCCUGUGGAGAUUCCUAUCAACCAUCCCUCCUUCGGCCGAGCUGCUACGUGGCAACGAGACGCUCCUCAAGGCCCAGGCACUGGUCGCUUUCCACCGGGAAGAAUUCAAGGAGCUGUACGCAAUAUUGGAAAGCCGCGACUUCCACCCCAGCAACCAUGGGUUCCUGCAGGACCUCUACUUGCAGGCGCGCUACAAGGAGGCGGAGAGGUCCCGAGGUCGUUGCCUGGGCGCCGUUGACAAGUAUCGACUUCGGAAGAAGUUUCCCCUGCCGAAAACAAUCUGGGAUGGAGAGGAGACUGUGUAUUGUUUCAAAGAGAAGUCUCGCAAUGCACUGAAAGAGUGUUACAAAAGCAACAGGUACCCCACUCCGGACGAGAAGAAAAACUUGGCCAAAGUGACUGGACUCUCCCUCACGCAAGUCAGCAAUUGGUUCAAGAACCGACGGCAGAGAGACCGAACCCCGUCCGGUACCAACAGCAAAAGUGAGUCCGAUGGCAACCACAGCACAGACGAGGAGGGUGAUGACAUCUCAGACAAACCAGAGGACAUUGUGGGCUCCACAGCCUCCAUCUCCCUCUCUGGCACCCCCUGCAGCACUGGAGGCCAGCUCUUCCUCAACGGGGCAGGUGGGUUCCUCACCGCCUCCCACCCCUUACUCAUCAACGGGGGCUCCCUGAUCUCCGGGGCAGGGGGUGGGGUCAUCAUCAACGGGCUGACCCUGAGCGAUGGUCACACGGUUACCCUCAGCCCCAUAUCGGCUAACUCACCUCUGCUCUUCAAUGGAGCGCAGGUCAUAUCCAAGAGCAGUGAGGUUGUGCAGGAUAUGGGUCUUGAGGGCCAGGGGGUUAUGGCCAUGGAGGCCCAGCCCAGCUCUGCCAUCUCCCUCCCUCUGACAGAGGAUCUUAGGACGGACAAUGUAAACCUGACGAACCCCUCAACCAUCCCCACCCUGGACUUCAUCAAUGUCCCAGAGGGGAUUGUUCUCAAAGCAGAGGACAUCCAGACAGUUUCUCCUUCCCCCUCCUCUUCCUCCUUGUCUUCCCCCUCAACAUUCUCCCCCACCUCAAUUCCCUCCCGGGUUCUGACUCAAAAUGGCUGCCUCUCCGACACCCUCACCCUUCCAGUCUCUAUGUCCUCUCCGGGCGUGGUCAUCUCCAGCCCUGUAGUGGGCCUCCCCAGCCAGCAGGGGGAGUAUGUGGUGUUUGCCACGGCUGGUUCUCAGCUCACCCCCUCCAGCUCCAUCUGCCAGGUGGUGUCCUCCUACAGCUACUCCACCCCACAGGUAUUCUCCCUGCCUCAGGUGGUGCCCUCCAUCCAGGGUGUCCCCGUAUCCCAACUGGUCCAACACAACCCUGGAGGCCAGGUGUCCCAGUGUCCCCAGUUAAUCCCUGUGUCCCCCCUCACCUCCUCUCUCCCCCAGGGCACCCUCUCCCAGUUCCAGGCCCACCAGACUCUGAACAUCGCCCCCCGCCUCGCCCAACCCCUCCCCCAGCAUCAUACUAGUUCCUCUACGUUGGGAGAGGGAACCCCCAUCCUCUCCCUGUCGCAGCUCCCCAACGGACAGCUCCCCCAGGGACUCGCACUCCAGCUGGGUGACCAGACCUCAGCUACCAUCCCCACUCUGACCCAGAUCCAGUCCCCACUAGGCCAUCACCAGAUCAUCUCUCAGUCCAAAGAGACAACCCCAGGCCAGUUGGUUCCCCUCUCCCUGCCCCAGCUGGUACCUGUCUCCUCCACGGGACAACUCUCCUUCCCUCAGAUGGGCCCGUCCGCCCCUUCUCUAUCUGGAUCUGGUGGAGCCUUCCAGAUCCUAACCUCAGCCCCUGGAGGUGGGAUGACUCGGGGGCCCUUCAGGAUAAACCAGCUGGGAACCAUCCAGACUGUAGGUCCCCCGACCAGCAUGGCUCCUGGUGUCCAGCUCCUCAACUCUGGGGUCAUUCAGCUCCCCUCCGCCUCGCCAGGGAAUCUCCUCUAUGGUGGAAGCCCCAUCCUGAGUUACCAGAACGGCAAGCUGAUCCUAACUAUCCCAGCUGGCAUCCAGUUCGGCAGCCUGCCCAUGAAUCCCGUCCCUGAGGCUUCUAACCACCACACCAAUGGAGUAGGCUCUGGACUCACCCUCAACCCUGUCAUCCAACCUACACCUACCCUCUUCCCAGUCUCCACCUCCGUCCCAACGUCCAACACCCUCCAGACGUCCCCCCUCUGCUUCAUCAACUCCUCUCCGCUCUACUGCACUCCUGAGAUGGGUGUCCCCACCAAUCAGCCCCUCUCCACCACCUCCCCACACACCCUGGACCUCUCUGCCACCCACACUCCUCCCAAUGCCCUCACCCCAGAGAGCAUGCUCUCCCUCAGCCCCAUGUGCAGCGGAGUGACACCCACCACUCAGCUCUCCCACACCACCUGGAGCCCUGUCCCCCUCUCCACCUCUGCCAGCCUGACUAUGUUUGACGUCCGUGGGAAGGGAGAUCUGCCCGAGGACCCGCCUCUGCUGGACCUACCUGGAGGCGAGGCCCUGCUACUAGGCAGCCCCUCUCCAGAACAGGAUGUGGACAGGGCAUCGCCGUUGGGGGACCCAGUGGAGAUGGAUGGAGACUCCAAGAUCCUCACCCAGCUACAAUCAGUCCCUGUGGAUGAUGGGUUGGGGCUGUAAUCCAGUCCCCCAGCCCUCACCACCACAAACUGUUACAGAACAAUCUGGAAGGUUUUGUUUGUCCGACCUCAGUGCUCCCCUGGCUAGGUUCGCAUUGAGGAGUGGACAGGCUUUGACUCGUAUGAGAAAGGUGCUUUGACUAAAUAAAUCCUUUGCCGAUGAUCCUUUGGAUAAACCGUCAUGGGAUUGGCUGAUUGUAUGCAACACGGAAUGACCUGGAGGCUGGCCUUUCAUACAGGCUAGCCUAUUCCCUGAUUUCUGUUACUCAACUGUCCACUGCUUAGUCUCCACAAUCUAAGCACUCAUCUGCCUUCCAUAAGCCUAGAGCCCUUCCUGUGUCCAGUCAGAGCACAACGUUUAUUUGUAAGGACAUUCUGCUACUUUUAUGCACAGAUGUCCGUUUCAGCCAAGACUAUUUGUACUACAAGGGAAUGAAUUCCUCGGAUUUUAUUUGGUGUUGGUUGAGCAGUAUGCCACGGCCAGGCUCUGUCUUAAGUCUCUAAACACAGUCAAAUGCAGACAGACAAGCAUUCAGUCCUGUUGAGUUGGUGGUUCUGAAUGGCUGCUCACUCUAGUGCUGGUGUAGUUUGAGUGCUGCUUUGAGUAUUGGCCUCUCUGAAGGCAACAGAGAGUGGACUGACAGUGGCACCAGAGACCCCGGACCUCUAGCAUUGAGAUGGACUGUGUACUCCUCCCUGUCAAAACUGGUCAGCAGUGUCACCGCAUCAAGGGCGCAGGCUCAUCAUUUAACUACAGGUUGGUAUAAAUGCUAAGCGCUAUGGCAUCUGAGGUAUGUAGGAGGAAAUGGGAGUCCCCUGAGAUUUUUUUUUUUACUCUAUGCAAUCAAUGCAUGUUCCUCGUGUAAAUAUGACCAUGUGACACAGAUAUGACAUGUAUUACAAACAGUAUGUAAGCAAGUCUAAUUGGGAUAGACCAAGCUUUAUUAAAGACAGACUUUUUAUACACUAUGAAAUCUAAUGCGCGUGCACUACAAACGCCUGAUCACAUUGCUGGAUAUUUCUAGUUGAAUGCGCCACAAUCGUACACUACAUUGUAUAUUGUCUAUGAAUGACUUUGUUUGUGUGUUCUUAUUACUUGUAUGGGUUUGAUCUAGACCUAGUAAGUGCCUUAUUAUCCAGUUGCUGAGGUUGGUGGGCCAGUGUGUUUUUGCCUUAUGUAUCUUCAAAGUGAAGAAUGUGUUCUACUCUUCACAAAAUGUAAGCGUCAUUGAUACAAGCUACUUCCCACAUUGAUGUUGAAUGUGAGUUUUGUGAUAACCCUUAACCCUCUUGAACUCCAGAGAAACGCAAUCGAAUACUCUGUCGCGCGGCAGUUGCUCGUUUAGCGUGACUAACGCCUACCAUGACAUAAAUCACCAUUGAGAUCUCCCUCCUCAUUGUACGUUUUGCACAUUUUCGUCCUUGUCAUGUUUACGUCUUUGGUGAUGGCCAGAUUCUAUUCCGAAAACUUGCUGCCUUUGCUCUGUUCUUGACUAAUUGCUUUCACUGUUCUGAAGGGGACGGGAUAGGUCGAAUCAGCUGGUUGAGUUUCAGGCAGCCUCUGUCUAUCCUGGUAAAAGCAACAGUGAGUCAUGAAGCCCUGAGAGCAGGCGACAGGUCUCCCAGAAUGGAAUGCGAUCCAGCGAGACGUGGCGCAGAUGUUCUCUCCGUAAACUUUUUCAAAUACUCACCAUCUCUCUAUAACCACAGCACAGAUGGCAAUUAGUUCUCUGGCCAACGGUACAACACUACUCUUCAGUGUCACUCCCAACUGUAUGUUUUUGUUUCUUGUGUAUUUAAAGCAUGUAUCAAUCAUUUUCUAGUAGUAACUUUGAAUGGGAAAAAACGAGCAGUCCAUGAGGAAAUUGGACAAAGGAAAAAGCAUCGAUGGAUCUUCCCAGAGGCUGGCUGGUUGUACAGUCUCAGAAAAUUGUGUACAGUCGUGGCCAAAAGUUUUGAGAAUGACAAAUAUUAAUUUUCACCAAGUUUGCUGCUUCAGUGUCUUUUAGAUAUUUUUGUCAGAUGUUACUAUGGAAUACUGAAGUAUAAUUACAAGCAUUUCAUAAGUGUCAAAGGCUUUUAUUGACCAUUACAUGAAGUUGAUGCAAAGAGUCAAUAUUUGCAGUGUUGACCGUUCUUUUUCAAGACUUAUGCAAUCCGCCACGGCAUGCUGUCAAUUAACUUCUGGGCCACAUCCUGACUGAUGGCAGCCCAUUCUUGCAUAAUCAAUGCUUGGAGUUGGUCAGAAUUUGUGGGUUUUUGUUUGUCCACCCGCCUCUUGUGGAUUGACCACAAGUUCUCAAUGGGAUUAAGGUAAAUCCCAUUGAGGGAAAAUGACUUUACCCCAGUACUCAGCAGUCCAAUCCCUGUACCUUUUGCAGAAUAUCAGUCUGUCUCUGAUGUUUUUCCUGGAGAGAAGUGGCUUCUUUGCUGCCCUUCUUGACACCAGGCCAUCCUCCAAAAGUCUUUGCCUCACUGUGCGCGCAGAUGCACUCACACCUGCCUGCUGCCAUUCCUGAGCAAGCUCUGUACUGGUGGUGCCCCGAUCCUGCAGCUGAAUCAACUUUAGGAGACGGUCCUGGCACUUACUGGACUUUCUUGGGCACCCUGAAGCCUUCUUCACAACAAUUGAACCGCCCUCCUUGAAGUUCUUGAUGAUCUGAUAAAUGGUUGAUUUAGGUGCAAUAUUACUGGCAGCAAUAUCCUUGCCUGGUGAAGCCCUUUUUGCGCAACGAAAUGAUGACGGCACGUGUUUCCUUGCAGGUAACAAUGAUUGACAGAGGUAGAACAAUGAUUCCAAGCACCACCCGCCUUUUGAAGCUUCCAGUCUGUUAUACGAACUCAAUCAGCAUGACAGAGUGAUCUCCAGCCUUGUCAACACUCACACCUGUGUUAACGAGAGAAUCACUGACAUGAUGUCAGCUGGUCCUUUUGUGGCAGGGCUGAAAUGCAGUGGAAAUGUUUUUUUGGGGGAUUCAGUUAAUUUGCAUGGCAAAGAGGGACUUUGCAAUUAAUUGCAAUUCAUCUGAUCACUCUUCACAACAUUCUAGAGUAUAUGGAAAUUGCCAUCAUACAAACUGAGUCAGCAGACUUUGAAAAUUAAUAUGUUUUUUUCAUUCUAUACAUUUUCAUUCUCAACUUUUGGCCACGACUGUAGAUGAUGACUUCACCACUUCUCAAAUGAUAUUAUACACAUACAAUCUGAAUAGGAUGUUAAUACCUGUAGCAUUCACUUGUCAAAGGAAUGUUGCAAGUUGUUUUUAUUGGUGUUUGGACAUUUUUUGUUGGUGCGUUUUUUUCCAUACGAUACUGUGCAUGAGUUGGACACUAAAGGAAUAUGUGUGUUUGUUUGUUUAUCCAUGAGCCCAACCCUUGUCUACAUGUAGUGGUUUUUCUCUAGUGUGUGGUGCUCCAAAGGCUGUUAGUGUCCAGUGCAGGAGUUUGUGCACAAACUCAUACACACACACACACACACACACACACACACACACACACACACACACACGUGUGCACACACACAACCUUCAGCUGAGUUAUCCAAAGAUAUGCAUUUUUUUAAUGUACUUUUUAAGUAAAGGGACUGUGAUUUCUUUUUUAAUGUCUGUUUUGUCCUCUUUUGAGAGGUUGGUUUUGUACUUAAAGUUAUUUUAUUUUUUAUAUACAGUUUUAUUGUGAUAUUAUAAUAAACUACAUUUAGAAUA